GUGAACCUGCUGUGGCCGCGAUGGGACGGAGGACUGACAGCUUGUGCAGGAAUUUAGGCUGAGCUGCAUCCCGGCACAGAGAGGACCGCAACUGUCGGCUCGGACGAACUAUGUGACAGCUGUCACUUCUCCCUUCAGAGAUAUUUUUUUUUAAUUUUUAAAAUUUUAAGAAUGGAUCCGGUGAAAUGGGUGCUGAAGUUGACCCGGCGGUGUCCUUUGGAUGUUGCGGUGCUCCGUCUCAAACUCGAGCAGAUUUAAAUGUCAGUGGAAAUGCUACCUCUCUCUGUGUGGGACGGUGAAAUUAUUUGCUGCAAUUUGGGGAGAAAUAACGGGAGCCGGUGUGAAGGAGACAACGGAAAUACCUCUCUGACCGAAGAACUGUGUGAGCUGCCGUUCAUGCUGAAUUUCUCCGGGAUCUCACCCUGCUGAAGACACUGGAGACUUUCCAGUGGUUUGUUUUAUAGGUAGACCUCUUUUUGCAUGUUGUCUUUUUUUGGUCGGCUAAAAAUAGACGACAAUUCAUGCAAUUGCUUUGCAUGAAUCAACACAUGUUGUAUUGACGUAAUAACGUACGCUCCUAAACCGUUAUAUUGCACUUUUUUAUUGUGAUAAAGUGAGGCUAUUGCGGAUUAAAUGGACCACCCUCGUAUCCAUGUAGUGUGAGUGUCACACCUGGCUGCCUGACAUUUUUGUAUGUAAUGCUUGUCACCAGACAUAGCUUUAGCCAUUGGAUGAUAGUCCAGGGAUGAGCUUAUAAUGACAGAAAAGAGAGAAUACGACGCCAACAUGUAAGGCUAGUACUUUUUGUUAAUUAUUUAGCCCAUAAUUAACCUGAACCUUUUACGCGCACCUUUCCAGUAGAUGCAUGUUGCCAAUAGCUCAUGUAUUUGUGCGCAAGAGUGCAAUCAGGAGGCAAUGAAUUGUAACUUGACAGCAUGAAAACACAAGUGCUCGGAUAAGGAAAGUUAUUGUACCUGCACUUAUUUGGCGAUGUUGCUUUUUACGCACCGGAAAGCAUGAUGCGCUCUACAUAUAUGAAGAUUUUGUAGGCCUGCCCUCUUCUUUCUGACAGUAAUUUUGGAUCAAAGGUGCAUGGCUUUUUAAUGAGACAAUCUGCUAUGAAUAAACGCCUUUUAUAAUAGUAAGCAUUUUUUUUGGGGGGCGAAACAUGAUCCAAUUUUGGUGAUUUUCUUGCUGUUCCCAUGCGUCUUUCUCCUUCUCCAGACCUCUGGACGUUGUUGUGGAUUGUGUUGCUAUUUAAUGCAAUGGGCUGUAUCCAGAGUAUCAGGUGUAAGCCCAAGAGUUUCCGAGACAGUAUCAUCGUCCUGGAGGUGAACACUUCCAUCGACUCCAACCCCACCAGCAUCGACGAGUCAUCCAGCGUGGUCCUGCGCUACAGGACACCGCACUUCCGAGCUUUUGCCCGGGUCCUGGUGCCGCCAGUAGCCGGAAGAGAGACAUGGACCAUCGGCUGGAUUCAAGCUUGUAACCACAUGGAGUUUUACAACACGUACGGAAACAAAGGGAUGUCAAGCUGGGAACUGCCCGACCUGCGUGAUGGCACGAUCCAGGCCAUCAGCGACUCAGAUGGUGUCAACUACCCUUGGUAUGGCAAUACCACGGAGACCUGCACCAUCGUAGGCCCCACCAGGAAGGACAGCAAGUUCAACGUUAGUAUGAAUGACAAUUUCUACCCCAGUGUGACCUGGGGUGUGCCAGUCAGCGACAGCAAUGUGCCUCAGCUUAGCAGCAUCCACCGAGACCAGAGCUUUACGACCUGGCUGGUGGCCAUCAACCAGGCCACCUCAGAGACACUUGUCCUGCAGACAAUCCGCUGGAGGAUGCGACUUCACAUCCAAGUGGACCCAGAGAGGCCUUUGGGCCAAAGGGCUGUUCUAAAGGAGCCCUUCACCCAGGAACAGCCUCAGAUCCUGGGCAAGAAUGAGCCCAUCCCCCCUAAUGCCAUGGUCAAGCCCAACGCCAAUGACGCCCAGGUGCUGAUGUGGCGGCCAAAGAAUGGUGACCCUGUGGUGGUCAUCCCCCCCAAAUACUGACCUGUUUCACUGACCAGACUGGCCUUGGAUACCUGAACAGUAUCAUCUUUUUUUUUUUACCCUUCUUUUGUACCUGCUAUUCACCAGCUCUCGCUGCUUUAACCCUUCUUUGAUAUUUAUUUUCUUCUUUUUUGCCUCUUUAUUCUUUUCUCUUAUGUUUAAAAAACAGGGGAAAAAAACAGGCAGAGACAAAUGAAAGCAGGACUAAACCAGCUCUGAAAAAAGACAAGUUGUUGCUUUGAGGUGGGGCUACUUUCAAAACUGGAGUGAACAAACUGCAACCAUUCUACCUUCAAACUGGAUCGGGCCUCACUGUGCUAAAUGAAGUCACUGCAAAAAUGAAAACAAGAGGAUUUCUUGUUUUUUUUAUUUUAAUUUUGUAUUUUGGCUGUUUGGGCCAAGUGAUAUGGAGUUUGUGAGUGUGGUAUUGAAGUAUUUACAUGACCAUGUCUGCGUACAUGCUACAUACAUGGAUAUGCACAAACUUUGUGUAUGAAUACCAGUUGUGUUUUUAUUUAUGGGCUGGGAGAGAGUGCAUUUAAAUAUGUUUGUUGUUGUGUCUUUCACAUGACGAAUUGCAUUGGGUGACGUAGAUUUUAGUACUUUUCUAAUAACAUGCAAGACAUUCAAUCCAUGCUGCCUUAAGUUUACAUCGCUUUCCACUGCAAACGUUUUAGCCUUAAACUAAGUGCAAUGCAGUAUUAUGCUCAUUUGUCCCAUCUCUUCCAGACUGUUGGUGCUGGCAUGUGUGGGUUUAGGACAGGAACAAUACCACAAAAGAAGACCAGGGUCAGAAAUCCUGGAUUUUGUGUUGAGUUGAAUUUAGUUGACUAUUAUAUUGACUCACAAGUACAACUGGCAUUAUGUGUAGACAGAGUUACACAAUCAGUCUAACUAGUUGUGUUUCAAGUGCAUUAUGCAACAGAAGAGAUGCUCUGUGCUGAUGAACAUACAAAGAACAUCAUUAAAGCCAGCGCUGGUCAAUAGCACUCAACACAAUAAAUUAUACGUGCAAUAAGCGUGAGUAAAAGGAAGUCAAAAGUGCUCCUCAGUUAACCUCAUUUCAUUAUUCUGUUUUGCAGCAGUUGUAGCAUUCACCCACAGAAACAGGUUUUCCCUACUCUGUAUCACUCCAUCUCAGGGCCCCAUUCACUUCCUUCCCUUCUCUUUUUUUCAGCCAUCCUCUUUUCUUGCAACAGUUGUACUUGCAUUGCUCACACUGAACAACCACUACUUUUAUUAUUAAGCAGUCACAGACAAGGGAAAUAACUGGAGAAUGAGAUAGCACCACUUAGUAGAAAACAGCAAGAUAUCUACUAUGUGUGACUUUUCUGACAUUCUUAUACAUGUCCUAUUUGUUGCCUUCCUUUAAUCCAAUAAUAUCCUUAAUCCUGUACACAAUGUAAUAGAUUAAAAUCAAAACAUCUGUCGCUUCCGUUACUAUGUUUUCUGCUUUCUUUUCCUUCACCCUCAAUCAUCUAUAAUCUUCACCAAUCUACACUAGUGUUCUCUGUCUCUACUCCCUCUCUCUCCCCUGCCUCCCCCCUCUUCUUUCUCUCUUGCUUUAUCUGCUGUGGAGGCUGAAAAGCAGAGCAAGAGGCAUGCAAGUUUGAUCCUGACUGCUCGGUUGGCAUAUAGAUGACCCACUUCUCUGCUCUGCCAGUUGUAGCUCUCAUUGCAAAAAUGUGGGGCUUGUCGCCCUUUAGUUCAUCGCCAGCAAAUAAGACAUGCGCAUGCGCAUAGACAAACAGCUCUGGUCAACUAAAUACCAACAUUAAAUGGGGUGAUGCCCAUUAAACUGUUAAUCUUGGAGUGUGUCAUCAGCUGCAAACUAACUGAAAACUCCUAAAAGCAGAGAGAAAGGGAGGCAGCAUAUUGCAUCAUGACUUCUUAUUUCCUUAUCAUGGGAAAAAUGUGUUUUCUUAGUGUACACAUAUUUUUAUGUUAGUUUUUUAAGAAACUUUCAGAUGUUGAAGAACUCCUUGCAAGUUCAAAGUGCCCCCCAGGCUGCUGUGUUUUGGCCCAAACCAAAGUAAUAAUUAGCAUGCAAGGUCUUAGCUGCUCAUGUAUUUCACAAAGAUCAGAAAGCUGCUGCUGUUUCACUGUCUCUUAUAGCAUUAUGUAGUCAAAGUCAAAUGAUAUCUAACUCAACCAGAGCUCAAACGUCAAAUCUGUUCACGCCAUGGGGUAAAUGACUAUGUUAUUAGAAUUACAUAAUAAGGCCAUACAUGGCUGCAUCAGACGCUUGUGUUCAGCGUGGUUCAUGUGUAACUGAGACAGCCUCUCCUCCAGGCUGAGUCACAGGGCAUCGUGGUGAAGUGAGAAAAAGAAAAAGGCUAGAAGGGGGGCUGCUGUCAUAAUUAGAUCGGCAGUGACACACUUUGAUGCCCUAAAUGGACUGAACUGUGCCGAGUCGUGCUAUGCAAUGCAAGGGCAAGCUAGAGGUUUAAGUGAGGUCAAGAAUCAAAGGUCAGUGUCAAAGUGUUGGAGUGAGGGGAGCUGUCACAGAGCUCAAAUGUAGGCAGCAGAAUGGCUAAGCAGGAAUGAAUACGAAGGUGACAAAUUAAAUCCAUUCAGAUGUUAAAGCCAGCUCAAAAUAACGUUGACAUUUGCCAAGCUCAACUUGGAUGUCAACGACAAAUUAUUUUAAUUUGUGGUUUGUUUUGAAGGCGGCUUAGAAAGUUGCAGCUCAUGUUGUGAUCUCUGCGACCUUUCACCUGACUAUCGUUAUGUGGAACAUAGUGUGGGUCCAUUUUUGUGUCAUGGACUACCUCGUAAUGUCUUGAGGGGACCUAUGGACACUGUGGAUAAUGGUCAAGCAGGACUACAUCUAAUGUAAUUAAACCUUGACACGCAAACACAAAUGUGUGUUUGUGUGUGUUGUUCAUGCGUGCGUGUGUGUUAAAUCUCAUUGGAGGGAUUUAGGCAGGAUUUCACUGUUUUGCGUCUGCUGUUGUUGAGUCAUGAUUCUCUCUCUCUCUCUCUCUCUCUCUCUCUCUCUCUCUCUCUCUCUCUCUCUCACACACAGUGCAGGGAAGGUUAUGCCCUUGUCAUAAAACAGGGACAGAGCUUACCCUCACAAAUACACAAACACCCUGAGGGAGAAGGAGCAGGCCUGGUGUGGUAUCUGAUUGUCACAGCAGUGUCACAUUGGCAGUGUGAACCACAUUUAUCAGCCCCGCACGUGGACCGUCUAAACACCAGGCACGCUCCUACACACGCUGUAAAGCCAUAUGCGCAAACACACCUGUUCACUAGUAAAUAGUAAGCGAUACAGGUAUUUUUGUGCUGUUAAAAAAGAGUAUGUUUUAAUAUGAAGGAGAAAUGGAAGUAUUGAGGUUGUUUGGUGGGUGCCUGUCAUCUAUCAACAGUAUUUCAUGUAGGAAAAGGGCAUUAAUUGUCUUCUGUUUCUGAAUCUCAUUAUAGUCUGUUACUGAUGCAUAUUUUAUGUUCACACCAUAGAAGAACUUCAUAAAUGCUUUAUGUGGUUCCUGAGCCACUGACAAACAAAAUCACAUAGUGUUUGUUUGCUGUAUGGAGGGCAAAUGGUGCCAACAUUGGACAAAGCCAAAACUAUGAAUAGGGCAUUGUUAAUGACAUGUGAAUUCAAAAACCUAUUGGCACUUAACUAUAAGCCUAAUUUAAGUUGUUUUUGAUCAUCAUUAAAUGUAUUAAGCAUAUUUGUAUUUCCAGAGAAACAUCACAAAUGCAAAAUGUAGCCAUGUGGAAGAUUCUCUGUUGUAAUGUUUUCUAAUUGUUAGGCUGUGCCAAGUGAUCGAAAGCGAUCCUUUCCUAAACCCACACUGUGACAGUUCUUCUGAGGGCUGCUACCUUUGUUUCAGAUCUUUAUGUCGUUAUUUAAUCCCCCAAGAGACGUCAGUGAAUCAUCAUACCUUUAUUUAAACAAAUAUAACAUCCCAAAUUCCCUCACAGGACCACCUGCCUUCAUUUCCAGCCUUUUACUAUUGAUGCUAUCCCAUGAAAAAGCAAAGCUAGUGUUCCAUAAGUCAGUUUAUCUUGCUGUUCUCAUUGUUUCUAAUAUUAAACUAACAUAACCUUAUGGUUUAAAUGUAGCACAUGAUAAUAUGGUGACUAAAUAUUUUUCUCAUUUUGUUUGUUUUGUUUUCUGGAAAUACAGCACUGAAAUAAUUAAAGCAGUACGUAUUUUGUUCAGCUUUUACUUUUACAACAAUACUUGAAAAUGGGUCUGUUCUGGCAAAUAUUUAAAACUGUGAAAAUGCACAACACAGGGGCAGCUCCCCGACAGGAAAAAACAAAAAAACCUAUAUAUGUAAGAAAGGUCUUUUUCAUGACUGAAUAAAAUGUACAA